AUGCUUAACUGUUGGAGAAGAGAGAGUGGGGAUUGUUCGGCGGCGAAGCCUACAGCCCGAAGCGGACGCAUGUUCACUGGACUCGAAUGGUGUGAAGCCCCAGAUGAGGGACUCAGACGUCCGGGAAUGACAGCCGCUGUCACCGGGAGUGACAGCUUUCACUCAAAGCUACUCCGCUAAAACCCCUCCAGCUGACACUCAACACCGAUCCGGUUCGGAUCCAGUCGGACCAGGACUAUGCCAGAGAUGGAGAAAGGGAGACCACCGGAAAAUAAACGCAGCAGGAAACCUGCGCACCCCGUAAAGAGGGAGAUCAACCAGGAGAUGAAGACGUUUGCAGAAAGCACCAUGAAUGAGCUGCUGGGAUGGUACGGCUACGACAAGGUAGAUCUUAGAGACUCGGAGGCCAACGAGAUCAGAAACUACAGAGAAAGACGUCAGCAUGUGUCUGUGCUAAAAGAGAACUCAUUGCCAAAACCCAAGAGCCUGGACACCAAAGUCGGUCACUCGGUCCUCGCCAUGAAGAGUGGAGAGAGAGAAUCCUCCAGUGUCCCCUCCUCUUCACCCUCCUCUUCCUCAACAAGUUCAUCCCUGGCCACCCCCAAAGAGCACAAGAGUGCCCCUGUCAUUGUCCCCCUUAUAAAGCCAUCAGCAGUGGAAGAUAUACAGAAUGUGCAGAUAGUGUGUGUUUGGUGCCAGAAGGAAGGGGUAAAACGCUACUCACUAUGUAUGGGUUCAGAGCUCAAGAGCUUCUGCAGUGAGAAGUGUUUUGCUGCCUGCAGACGGGCCUACUUCAAACGCAAUAAGGCCAGAGAUGAAGACCUCCAUAGUGAGAGAUCCCCUCAGCACCCCCAUACAGAGGACUCGCCCAGACUGGUGUUGAAGAUAAACAGCAAUGUCAGAUCUCUCUCCCCUGUGCCACAGGUAUGUGAUUGGUGCAAGCAUGUCCGUCACACUAAAGAAUACCUGGACUUCGGAUCUGGCGAGGAACGACUCCAGUUCUGCAGCACCAAGUGUCUGAAUCAGUACAAGAUGGAUGUUUUCUACAGAGAAGCCCGUGCAGCUCUCACCAGCUCCAGCCCAAGCAGAACCAGCCAGGAGGGGAGGGCAGACAGCAGUGUGGGCGGGCAAAAGCUACUCACUCCUGAGUCUUGGAACAGCAGCAGCAGUGCAGGAGAAGCUCGUCAUAGAAAUCUUUCCCCUAAAGGGCCUACGCCAAUCCAUGGAUCAGCAGAAUCCACCUCCAUCUCCCCCUCAGAGGCAUCCUCUUCUAAUUCCAAGGUCCCUGUCUCUGGGCUGAGGACACUGGAGAGACCCAUCCAGCCUCCUCCUCAUCCCCCUGCUGUAGAGGUAUCACCACACCCUGCUGCCCUUCAUCCUCCACCUCUUCCUCGUCCCCCUCUGGAACAUCAGCCAGCACCUCAAAUCCACAUGCCCUUCAUCAGACCUCCUCUUCAUGCUCAGGGCCUGAAAAGCCCCCUUGCCAACCACCCCAGACACCGGCCCCCUUCCAGCCCUAUCCACAGACCUCCUCACUCUCCUCACCUGCAGCCCCCCACCUCCUCUUCCAUGAAUCCCCCUGGACUGAUGCAUCCCUUCCCAGGAGCCUACUUCCCUGGCUUGCACUCCCCUCCUCUGAACAUGAUGCCAAGAGGUCCUGUCCCAAUGCCUCCCAUAAUGAACUUCGGUAUUCCUUCCUUUAGCCCUCUUCUGCCCCAACCUACUGUCCUGGUGCCUUAUCCCAUCAUUGUUCCCCUACCUGUCCCCAUACCCAUUCCUAUCCCCAUUCCAGUCCCUUCUAAGGCAACCCUAGAAACUCCAAGUCACAGUGGUGUUAUUCAGCCUGUGCCAGAGGGGGCAGAUAGGGGUAGAUCCAGGGCUACCAGGCCGCCAUCUCCUGGGAACCCUGAAGGUGACAGCAGAUUGGUAGCCAACAAAUUGGGUGAAACCUUGACUCAAGGUCUCCCCUCACCAAGCAACCCCAGCACAAGGGACACAGAUUGGGUUAAAUCAGAGAGGUCAUUGCCGUCCCCAUCAUCCACACCCCACAGUGGAGCAUCCUCCCCCAGAGCACAGUACAGUGAAUCCCCCUGCUCAGCCCCAGAGUCGGAGGGGCUGAAAGACUAUAAGCAGUCAGAGCGACAAGUCAUCCAAAGGGUUCUUCAAAGGACCCAAAUGAAGUUGGGGCCCAGUGCUAAUGGAGUGGUGGACCUAUCUGGGCUGGGGGAGUCAGGAACAGGGCAUGGUACCAGAUCAGGGCUCCAUGACAUCAUCAGACCCUCCCCUCCUCUAUCACAGUCCCCUUCACAUGACACUGUUUACCACCACAAGGACUCCCACACUCCACCUCCACACACCCCACCCAGCCCCACAGGGAGCAGCCAUCCAUAUGAUGCCACGUCCUCUGCCCUGACAUCUCAGGACCACAGUCCAAAUGGGAUGUCCUCCUCAUCCACACCUGCCAGUCCGGACUCCUCCCUACCCCAGAACAUACCAGCAACACCCCCUGACCCUGCACUCAGUGAGCUGGAGGCUAUCAAAGAGAACAAGUGCUCUGUUGUUGGUCCAGUGCGGGUUGAGGGCCCAGUCAGUCAGUCAGAAGAGCCCUUAGCAGUAGUCGGGGAGGUGGGAGAGGACCCCCAUGUUCCUGAUGAGGACCAUGCCUAUGCCCUGCCCACAGCGCCAAAGACAGGGACCACCACCCCGUUGCUCUUGCCCAAACUCAGGGACAAGGGUAGCCUGCGGAGCCCUGCUAAUAUGCCCAGUGCUGGAGACAUGGAACCAGCUCUGAAGAGGCGAUGCCUACGAAUCCGUGAUCAGAAUAAGUAGAGGAUGGAGACUCCCUGUUCUACACUGUAUGGUGGUGCCAGAUUCAGUGCCACGCCCUCUUGUGGACAACGCCAGUUCUAACACCCUCCAGCCAGUCCCUCAGCCUGUCAGCCCACCAGAGUGUUGCUCUGCCUGUAGACCAGC